CGAGGCGGAGGACGUGGUGGUGCUUGCUGCCGGCGGACAUUACAGAGAGAGAGAGAGAGAUGGGAGGAGACUGUUGGAUAGAUUGAUGAGGGCUUAUGUAUUUCGGCAACGGCAACUGCAAAGGUCCAGUAUAAUGGGUUCCUAGCUUCAUAGUCAUUGUCAAAUUGCUAAGUCAUCAGGCCAUCCGGAUAUUGUUGUGCGGCGUGCAAUGGCGCUGGGCGGGGACUCUCAUUACGUUCCACUUGGUAAGAUCAUGAAGUUCGAGAUGUGGGGCACAACUACUCCCUCCUAUGCCUACCCGCUGGAGGGCAUUCUUGAUGUUUCCCUGCUGCGGAAACGUCAAGUCAUCACGCAAGAUGCCCAUGGCCUUGUAAUCGAUAUUGCGGAGUACAUCGAGGACCACACUUUGCCCCGUGUCGUUGCCCCCGUGCCGCUCACAUUCCUCCGCCGUCCCAGACUCUUGCAGACCUCUGUAGAGGUUACACUCGCUGACCUGAAUGUGGACCUUGUCUUCAUACAGGACAUUGCUCAAGGUAUCUCAUCGCACGUCUACAAUACGGUUGGGGGGUACAUGAAGGUGUUCUCCGUGAUAGCCGUUGUAGAGAUCACCAAAGUUGUGGUGGUUCGUCAAGCACCGGACUUGGGAAUGUUAUUGCAAGAUGAACCUUGUGGUGCAUCUAGGGAAGCCUUACAGAAGUUGAAGGAAAUGAGCUUCAGCGAUCCAAAGGUCGCAGAUGUCGGAACCUGUGCUAUCUGUUUGGAAGAUCUAUCGCAGGGCGAUGAUGAGAAGAGAUUGAUAAGUAUGCCAUGUGAUCACUUAUUUCACGACUCAUGCAUCUUCAAUUGGCUGGAUAGGAGUCGUAUUUGCCCGCUGUGUCGUCGAGAAUUAUCAUGAUGAUCGUGAGGAGAGUGAAACUAGUACAAUAAUCAGUUGGUAUUUUCUCUCAGAAGAAAUUAGGUGGAAAAUCGAGUUUUUUUUUUCUCUUGAAACUUGAUCUUACGUAGUAGUACUAUGUAUAAGCUUUCUAUAGCCACCAAGAACUCGAGAAUCAGAAAUCCGAGCAAUGAGAACGAAUGCUCCAAAAUCGGUUGGAGGUGGACUCGAGAUUUUUCCUAUGCCAACAUCCGAAAGUUCAAAGGAUCUCGACUAAUACAAUAUGAGCAAUGUUGGUUCA